AUUUUUGUAUAGUUAAUGGAUUUGGGCAAAGGCCGUAAUUUUUUUAUUACAAUUAGAUAGUCGUAAUCUUUCUCUAAUUCUGUUGGUUAGAUCUAAUGACUCGAGUUUCUAUAGGCUAUGUUCGAGUUUAGUUUUACAUUCCUUUGAUAGUUAUCAAUUCUGUCGAACCUCCAUAAAUGUAACUAGCACUCAACGAGCUUAUUAUCAUUUUAGUCUCUUUUAUGAUAGUUAGAUUCAUUAUAAUUGAUUUUUUUAAUUCUAAAUUUUUUAGCGAGUCAUGGCUCCCGAAAAUGAUGCAUCAACUUUAUGUCUUGAGAGUUCAACACGACCAAGUUUAUUAAAUAAACAAAAUUCACAAGAUGAGAAUGAAAAACAAUCACAUAGUAAGAAAGACUCUGGUAAAUGGACCCCAUUAUUAAUUCUCGCCGGUUUCACGUGUUGCUUUGGAUCUGCAGUUCCAACAGGAUAUAAUAUUGGUGUUGUUAAUAAUCCAGCUGAACUCAUACAAAAUUUUAUAAAUGAAAGUAUUAGAUCACAGUACAAUAAACAGCUCUUACAUGGAGAGUUAGAAUUCAUUUGGUCUGUAAUAGUGUCAAUAUUCUUAAUUGGUGGUGUAAUUGGAUCAUUUGGUGCUAGUUGGCUAGCUGACAAGUAUGGUAGAAAAGGAGCCUUUAUGGUAGGAAAUAUUUUUGGAGUUCUUGGAGCAAUUUGUUUUUCAUUAACUCCUAUAAUAAAUUCAGUUGAAAUUCUUAUAUUGGGUCGACUUUUAGUAGGAUUUUCUGGGGGCAUUGCCACAAGUUUAUUAUCAAUGUAUAUGAUGGAAAUUGCUACAGUUGGCCAAAGAGGAGCCGUUGGAGUACUUUGUCAACUAGGUAUCACUGUUGGAGUAUUUUUAGGACAAGUUGCUGGUUUGGAAAAUGUUUUGGGUACUGAAGAAUCCUGGCAUAUUAUGCUUACUGCUUUUGCUCCUUUAUGUAUUAUAAGUCUUGUAUUGUUUUAUUUCUUGCCGGAGAGUCCUAAGUACUUAUAUAUUAUCAGACAGGAGCCAGAGAAAGCUACUCAAGAACUCGCACGACUACGGAAUGUUCAUCCUAAUUUAUUACAUGAUGAAAUAUGUAGCUUACAGGAAGAAAGUUUAAUAAAUUCAUCUAUGGAUUCAUGGACAGUUGGUCGUGUUAUAAAAGACUCUUCUGUACGAUUACCAAUUCUUUUAGUGUCUGCUUUGCAACUUGGACAACAACUUAGUGGCAUAAAUGCUGUUUUUUAUUAUUCGCAUAAAAUAUUUGAAGCUGCUCAAUUAAGUAAAGAUGAUUCGGAAUAUGGGAUCCUAGGAACUGGUGUAAUAAACAUUGCAAUGGCUGUUAUUUCUGUUCGCAUAAUGUCUCUAUUUGGAAGACGUACUCUAUUUCUUUGUAGUUCUUAUGCAAGUGCAAUAUGUUUAACUGUUUUGUGCAUUGGAUUAAGUGUUAUAGAAUAUGGUUCCUUCGUACCUUGGCUGUGUAUUAUAGCUGUUGAAGCUUAUGUUUUAUUUUAUGGACUAGGGCUAGGACCUAUUCCUUAUUUUAUUGCCUCAGAAUUAUUUGAUGUACCUUCAAGACCAGCCGCAAUGGCAAUAGGAAGUGUAUGUAAUUGGGGUGGAAAUUUUGCUGUUGGUUUACUAUUUCCAACAGUUGCAAAUAUUAUGGGAGCAUAUACGUACUUAAUAUUUGUAUUUAUUAUCAUUAUUGUUGCUAUGUUUGUUAAGUUUUAUUUACCUGAAACGCGUGGUGUUAACACUACAGAUAUCACAGCUGCUUUAAGUCAAGGCUUUCAUUUGCGUCGGCGGCCCAUUAAUUAAGUUAAACUCUUUUCUAUUCAACUAUUUGAAAUAUUUGCAUAAAUGUCAUGAAUAUGUACUUAUUGGUAAUCGAAACUUGUAUCGAUUUUUGAUAGAAAUAUUUUUCACUUUUUGUAUAGAGUCAUACUUGAAUUUUUUUAUAUACAAAUUUAUCUUUUAAUCAUCAUAAUAAUGCUUCUCAAUAAAUAAUCAUAUAUUUUUCUAUCGAAAAUCUUAAAUACAUCAAAACUUAAUUGUUACAGUAUUUUUCUAAAUAAUGACUCAUGUAGCAUCUGGAUGCUCCAUUUUUAUUUAAAUGACACGGUAAUUUUAUCU